AUCCACGAAUCCCAUGAUCCAAUGAUGUUGAAGCAUGUUACUCAAGUAUCUUUCAUGGACCGCUCACUACUCUAUAACUAUAAUAUUAAGCUUAUGGGGUGGCAUUCUCCAAAAGAUAAUGAAGAGUGGUGGGGUGAGUGGGGUUCCUUGAAAAAUGUCACUGUUAUGACUGGAAAGAACAUGUCCUUAUCUCAUCUUCUGAAGGGUCAAAAGUGCCAAACAGAGUGUGGCCUUUGGGGAGAGCCUAACACUAGACCAGUUUGUAGGUAG